AUAGAGAGAUGAGCAGUGUCGUCUCCUCGUCCACAGUCAGUCGUAAUAACACACAGCCAUGCUUCCUGUGGUGACACGGACGAGUGCUCUCAGUUUGCGGCGCUUUCUACUCUAUGUUACUGUGAGCUUGGUGCUGCUGAGUGAAGCUGCGGACACAACAGCGAGCGAUGGAGACCCUGGUGUUCGUGAGGCUCGGUCAGUGGGCCAUCAGGUGGUAGUUCAUCCUGUGGACUGUGUUUUAUCAGAGUGGAGCUCGUGGUCGCGCUGUGACACCUGUCAGAAGAAAAGGUAUCGCUAUGCUAAACUGGAGCAGCCGUCCCAGUUUGGAGGGCAGCCGUGCAAUUUUCACGAAAGGGAGGAGGAGGCCUGUGACGUUCCAGCCCGCUACACCUGUGACAGUGUUCCUGUGUGUGAGGGAUUCUUCUGCAACCAAACAGGUCGCUGUAUUCCCAGAACUCUGCAGUGUAGUGGGGAAGAUGACUGCGGGGACAUGUCAGAUGAAGUCGGCUGUAAGAAGGUUUCCAAGCCCUGCAGGGAGGAAGCUGAAGAGUAUUGGGGAAUCGAAAACCUUGCCAAAGGAAUCAGUAUCUUGAACAGUAACCUGGAGGGAGUGGUGCUUGAUAACAGAUACUAUGCUGGCAGCUGCUUGCCUCACUACAUCCAGGAUGUCAGAUUCAGGAAGCCUCACAACUUGCAGCAGUACACUAUGCAGACAAAAGGCUCGUAUGACUUCACCCUGCAGUCUUUUGAGUCAUACUCUGACUACAGGAAGCACACUUUGGAGGAGCGCAUGUCCCAAACCACCGUCUCCUUUGGCUUUGCCAUUCCAUUCAUAGUUGAAUUUGGCUUCAACUACAAUAAGGCCAAAUACUCCAAAAAAGAACAGAAGAUCCGUCGUGCUGCUAGCAAGACUAACAGCUUCGUGAGGGCCAAAGCAGAGCUGGAGUUGGCCCAGUACAUGCUGAAGUCAGAUGAUUUGAUGCUUCACCCUGAGUUCCUGCAGCGUCUGCGCUCCUUGCCACAGUCCUAUGUUUACGGAGAAUACAGACAGAUCUUCAGGGACUACGGCACCCACUACAUUACAGAGGCAGCCCUCGGAGGAGACUUUGAACACACCAUCAUCCUGAACAAGGAGAAGCUCGCAAAGUCCGAUUACACUUUGGACGACUACGCACGCUGUACGCAGUCGGGCCUAAAGGUCGGGGCCAACAUUUUUGGUGUUUAUGUGUCUGCGGGUUUUCACGGUGGAUCCUGUAAUGGCCUACUGAAUGAGAUGGGAGAGGACACAGAGCACGGCAGCAUGGUGGAGGACUUUGUUGCAGUUGUAAGGGGUGGAAGCAGUGAAUCCAUCACCGCUUUACUGUCUAAAAAGCUUCCCACGCCGCAGCUGAUGGGGCUGUGGGGCGAAGGCGUGCAAUUUAAUCCCGACUUCCUUCGCACAACAACACGGCUGCUGUAUGAGCUAGUGACCUCCAGAGACUUCUCCCAUCAUGCCACCCUGAAAAGAAACCUGAAGAAAGCGCUGUCGGAGUACCUGGCAGAGGCCGAUGCUUGUCGAUGUGCUCCCUGCCAAAACAACGGAGUGGCUGUUUUGAGAGGCACCAGGUGUGACUGUGUGUGUCCCACUGGCUACGCUGGACGAGGCUGCGAGAUCACUAAUAGACAAAAAGAUUUAGCCAUCGACGGCAGCUGGAGCUGCUGGGGUGCAUGGUCAUCCUGCAGCGGACAGAAAAAGACGAGGAGUCGACAGUGUAACAACCCAGCACCCCGUGAUGGAGGCCUGGAAUGCAGAGGACUGCAGGAAGAGUCGACUGAAUGUUUUUAAAAUCUGUUUAACAGCUCUGACAUAAAGAUUUUUAAAAUUCUGCUGGAAAAUGGAAGUUUGGUUUGUGGUGUGUUUGUCGUUUGACUGCGUGGUGUGACAUGUUGAAUUAUAUUUGAAUAAAAACAAUCUUACCUAAAUGGAAAA